AUGCAAUGGAUCCUGGAAUCAGAUGAAACAAGCAAUGAGAGGACUAUUAGGUCCAAGAGUGUUAGAGGUGGGAAGCAUGCGAGGUUCUGUACUUCAUGUCUGCCAAUUUGUAGCUUACAAUAUGGCAAUAUGCAUGCAGCAUGCUCCAUGAAUUCUGAUUUUGCUACAAGUUUUGCUGGCUACCUCUCUUCUCCUCCAACUCCGACGUCACCGCCCUCUUCUUCAUCCCCCUCCCUUCUCCAACUGGCCAACCUGCCAACCCAACUCAACCAUUUCCGGCUCACAACUCACUGCGUCGACCCGGUCCCUUCCCAACUGGUCCGCCAAACCAUUCUCGACCUUGUCUUCAACUCGUCCUCGUCAAAAAACCUCCUACGUGCCAAGCGUGUCAAAGGAUUGGGUCUAAACGGCGCCGUUUUUAGCACUUAAAUAGAAAAGGUAAAGCCGGCCAUUAUCCAAGUGGGUACAUUUCUUGCAGCAUCCACUAUCCACAUGGUCGACUUGACCCGUAAAAUCGGUUUACCCACACCGUUUUCAACCGGGUCGGUGCUCAAUAAGUUUUGUGAGUGGGGUAUUUUUGGUGAUUUGAUUGAAGUGGAUGCGGGUUAUGAUUUUAAUUCGGCUUGAUCGGAUAUCAACCGGGACCGGAUUCUAAAACCCGGUGGGGUGCUUUUCGGGCAUGAUUAUUUUACCGCGGAUGAUAACAAAGGAGUGAGAAGUGCGGUGAAUUUAUUUUCAAAGCUUUAUGGGCUCAAAAUUAAACUUGAGGGGAAACAUUGAAUUUCUACUGGAACCGUUGGUGAAGAUGAGAUAAACCACAUAAAAAAGUGA